CAUACCCUAGAGUUUUCUUGAAUGAAUGAAAGGCUCUGUUUUCCCACUGUAACUUUGCCCAGUUCAACCUUGUGUGUGACCGAGUCUGGCUGCGCGCCGCGUCUCAGUCGUUUUACAUGUCUGGAAUGAUGGUCGGCAGCUUCAUUUACGCCCACUUAUCGGACUGGUACGGCAGGAAAACAGCCCUGGCUGUUGUGCUGCCCGUCUCUUUGAUUGCUGGUUGCAUGGCGGCCUUCUCCACUACGUUCCUCAUGUACAACAUAGGAAGGAUGUUCACAGCCUUUGGAUUGGGUGGACUAUAUAACUGCAGCUCCACUUUAAUGAUGGAAUGCUUAGCGACCAAGCACCGAGCGCUCGCGAUUUUCCUGCUGGGCAGCGGCUGGACCUCUGGACUUCUUUCGCUCGUAGGAAUCGCGUGGCUAUUGAGGGACUGGUUCUAUCUCCAGCUCGCCAUCUCAAUUUUCAUGGUUAUCAACGUCAUACUUUGGUUCUUCAUCUCUGAGUCUCCGCGAUGGCUGAUGACAAAGGGAAAGUUUGAGGAAGGCCGUGACGUUCUCAACCGUGUUGUCAGAAGGAACAACAUCCAGGGCUAUUCAGUCGACAGCGUCCUGGCGAAGUACGAAGGUGAAGACCGGAAGAAAACCAACAAUGCAAGGCUGUCCUUCAUUCAGCUGUUCAGUUCGUCUUCUUUGAGGAGGACUUCAUUCAUCAUGUUAACCAUGGGCGUCCUCGAUGUCUUGGUAUACUACAACUUGACGUACAGCAGCAUCCAACUGGGCAAGAAUCCGUUCCUGAGUUUUGCUCUUGUCGCUCUCAUCGAAUACCCUAGUUGUAUCAUAUCCGUCGGUCUCGUCAGAUACGUCCGCAGAAGGUCAGCGUACCUUGUGAUGUACGGCGCGGGUUCUGUGCUGUCUGGAGCAGUAAUAUUUAUUCCUGAGGAAGCUACAAAGAUCACACGCUACAAAGAUUUCGCACCUCCCGAUAGCAAGCAUCGCGUUGGACUGCGAAGCACCGUCGAAGAACCAUUGUUUGCGGAUGGGUUUUGCGUUUUUCCAUCAAGAUGA